AAAGAGAGGCAGAGAGGUGGCAGCAGAUGGACCGUUGCACAGCCUGAAACACUUUAACCGAGGACAGGCAGAAUGUGCGACUGCAGACGUGCAUGCAGUCAAACAGUGAUACAGGAGGGACAGAGGGAGAGACAAUAACUGUGAAGCAGAGGGAGUCUUUUAUGUCCUCUGGAUUGGAUGCUGAGAGCAGUAAUCCUCUUUGGGAGGGAAAAAAACUGCAUACUGGGUACAGAGCACAAGAGUUUGAGCUGCAACUCUGGAAGCACAGGCACAGGGACUCUCUAUGGUGAAGAUGAGUCUGGACCCCAUACAGGUGAUGAGUGGACAGGUUAAAGAGCUCAAAGUUUCCCCUUCAUCCAACGGAGACACCAGAGGAUCCUGGGAGGAGAAAGAGGUGUUUGACCCAAACCAGCUGGACCGAACUGCCAAACCAAAACCGGUGACAGGAAGACGGGCCCGGAAGGUGGAGGGAGGCGUGUUCUUUCCGAAGCCAGAGAACGCCGUGACGGUAGCCGUUUCUUCCCGGGUCUUGUUUCGGACCGAGCGGGAGCAGAGGGUGUUUGAGCAGAAAGGAGUGGAAGAAUAUCUGAGAUACCAAAUCGAGCACGAGAACGAGCCCUUUGCUCCGGGGCCUGCUUUCCCCUUUGUCAAGGCUCUGGAGACAGUAAACGCUCGUCUGAGGGACCUCUACCCCCAGAGCGAAGAGCUGUUUGACAUCGUAUUGGUGACGUACAACCACGCCCAUGUUGGGAUCCGGCUCAUCAACACCAUCAAUCACCACAACUUAUUCAUCGAGCGGUUUUGUAUGACCGGAGGAAGCAGUCCGAUUGGUUACCUGAAGGCCUGGCAGACCAACCUCUACCUGUCUGCAGACGCUGAGAAGGUCAGGGAGGCGCUGGCUGAAGGGAUCGCUGCUGCAACGAUGUUCGUUACGGAUAAGAUCACAGAGGUGUCCGAGUCUCAGCUGAGAGUGGCAUUUGAUGGGGAUGCCGUCCUGUUCUCUGACGAGUCUGAGCGCAUUUUCAAAACCCACGGGCUGGACAAGUUCUUUGAACAUGAGAGGGAAAACGAGGACAUACUCCUGGAUCACGGCCCCCUGAAGGGCUUCCUGGAGGCUCUAGGGAAGCUCCAGAAGAAAUUUUAUGCCAAAGGCCAACGCCUGGACUGCCCCAUCCGCACAUACUUGGUCACGGCUCGCAGCGCGGCGAGCUCAGGGAUCCGAGCGCUGAAGACGCUCAGGGCCUGGGGGCUAGAGAUUGAUGAGGCGCUGUUCCUCGCCGGCGCCCCCAAGGGCCCCAUGCUGGAGAAGAUCAGGCCACACAUCUACUUCGACGAUCAGAUGUUUCACGUGGAGGGAGCGGCAGAGAUGGGCACGGUGGCUGCACACGUUCCGUAUGGGAUCGCACAAAAAUACAGCAGGCAGCAGAAUUCGAGCACAGGAAAGUAAAGAAUAAAAAAAGAGAAAAA